UUAGGGAGGGCAGGAGUGGCGUCUCUGGUUACGGGGUCGGGCAAAGGGCAGAGGUCACCGUCCAGGUUGGACAGCAGCACCUUUGAGCGAUGGCGGCGUCUGGGGAAUCCCAGAGGCAGUGGCAAGAGGAGGUGGCGGCGGUGGUAGUGGUGGGCUCCUGCAUGACCGACCUGGUCAGUCUUACUUCUCGUUUGCCAAAAACUGGAGAAACCAUCCAUGGACAUAAGUUUUUUAUUGGCUUUGGAGGGAAAGGUGCCAACCAGUGUGUCCAAGCUGCUCGGCUUGGAGCAAUGACGUCCAUGGUAUGUAAGGUUGGCAAAGAUUCUUUUGGCAAUGAUUAUAUAGAAAACUUAAAACAGAAUGAUAUUUCUACAGAAUUUACAUAUCAGACUAAAGAUGCUGCUACAGGAACUGCUUCUAUAAUUGUCAAUAAUGAAGGCCAGAAUAUCAUUGUCAUAGUGGCUGGAGCAAAUUUACUUUUGAAUACGGAGGAUCUGAGGGCAGCAGCCAAUGUCAUUAGCAGAGCCAAAGUCAUGGUCUGCCAGCUCGAAAUAACUCCAGCAACUUCUUUGGAAGCCCUAACAAUGGCCCGCAGGAGUGGAGUGAAAACCUUGUUCAAUCCAGCCCCUGCCAUUGCUGACCUGGAUCCCCGGUUCUACACCCUCUCAGAUGUGUUCUGCUGCAAUGAAAGUGAGGCUGAGAUUUUAACUGGCCUCACGGUGGGCAGCGCUGCAGAUGCUGGGGAGGCUGCAUUAGUGCUCUUGAAAAGGGGCUGCCAGGUGGUAAUCAUUACCUUAGGGGCUGAAGGAUGUGUGGUGCUGUCACAGACAGAACCUGAGCCAAAGCACAUUCCCACAGAGAAAGUCAAGGCUGUGGAUACCACGUGUAGACCUGGCUCAAGACCCAAGAGUGAAGCAGCAAGUGUGAAGAAGCAGAAACAUUAUAAAUAACCCAGAGAAUCCUUUUAUAACAGCAACUGCCUACUGAUUUUGUGGCCUAACAGCUCGAGCAAAAAUGAAUAUAAAUACAACAUUGUGCAAUGACUAAUUACUCAAAAUUUUGUGCAUCAGCAGAAGUGGAACCUGUGGUUGGUGCUAAUAUUAUGAAAUGCCUUUGCUGUUUAAUAAUCUGGUAGCUCUGUAUUAUUUAGCAUGCAUUUUUCUUGGAGAACAAUGAUUUUAUUUCAAGUACCUCUCACUGAAAUAAAAAAGCAGCUGUUAGAAGAUGAACAUUUAGCAGAAAAUAUUUUAGCGAGUCUUUUGUAAGAUACUAAGUCCUAUUGGAUUAACUGUUUUCUGUCUAGAAUAGUGGGGUCACAAAAAAAAGGGGAUUGCUGACCACAAAAGGCAAAAGGCCAACCUUUAGAACUCAGUGAAUCACUAACAGACAUUUUAGUUUUAAUUGCCAUUUACUCACCAAUAUAUAUACAAAGCUCUCAUUAAUAUUGCCUGAAGAAUGGGCCCUUUUUAAUUCCAUUUUUAGCUCGCUCUCAGGAUUCCACUUCUCUUUCAUUAACAUGGAAUUCUUUAAAUUAUAGAAUAAAUUAACCCACCGCAGACAUUUUGGGCAGAAUGGGGUUUUCAGCAAUUUUCAGCCUCCACAGGCCAUUCUUCUCAGCAGCUUGCCAGCCAGCAGAGCGGUGAGGGCCAUGGCUGGGAGCAGCACCUGCCCCUGAACUUGAAGAGAGGCUAGAGCAGCCCACUGGGCUCCCGGUCCAAGCCCACUCUCAGGGUGACAGUGUCCUUCACAUGUUCCUCAGGCUGGCCAAACAAGGGGUGUGCCAGUGCGUAAGCCACAUCACCAUAAGGCUGCUGGGCACAGCCAGUUUCAGCCAAAGAACAUUAUGGUUGAGCUGCAUUAAUGUGCCCAUAUUGACUCAGGGACAAUUUUUACAUUAUUAUAAGCAAAACAGAAAAUGUUCUUUUUUAAAUUAUCAAGAAAUGUGAAAAAACAAAGAGUUUCAUUUUAUCUCCAGUUCCCAUUCCUGGGGUGAAGCGGGUGAUAGGUAAAGAUUAAAAAUGGAAGAGUUUUCAGAGAUGGCUGAAGAUUACCUAGAGGGUGAGGCUCAGGCUUGGGCCGAGGGUGGAAUGAGGUAUAGAAAAGGGAAAGGAUCAGGCAUGUCUGUUCUGUAUAUUAUUUGGCAAUACAAGACAGUAUAUCUACAUUUUUUACAAAUGUUAUCUCAAAACACCUUCGUCAAAAUGCUCCACUUCAGUCCUGGUCUGACCAGCCAGCCCAGAGCCCAUCACAAACUAACAAAGCUGAGAAUGGACCCUGAGACAUGGUCAGGCCCCAGAUGGAGCCAGCCAGUGGCCUCUGUCAAUAUGAACUAAUGGCUGACUUGGACUGGGAGCCAUUUGUCAACAAUAGUGGGGCCAGAUCUGUCCAUGGCACCAACCUGUGAGGUAGGUUGAGCACCACAACCAAGCACCUCAACCUGUGUGAAGACUGAGAUGGCUGAGACACACUGCAUCAGGCAGGGGAUUUCUUUUGUCUUUGACUCAAUUUUAGAUGGAAUCCAAGUGAUGCAGUUAUUAUGAUUAUCUGUACUCUUUCUUAAAAAUGGUUACUAAAUACUUGUAGGGUACCAAUAAAGGAAGAAUCUGGCAGUUCUGGGAUG